AUGGGGAAAAUACUUGAAGAGUCUUCAGAAAGUGUCAGUGCAGUAUUGACCGGAAAUCCACUGGACCCUGAGAACCCCUGCAACCCUUUGACCCUUAAGGACCCCUGGACCCCAAAGACUCCUAAAGGUUCGUGGUCUCCUAAGACCCCCGUCGAAGCCCGUCUCAUUCUCCGCCCGGCCUUCCCCGCAGGAUACCUGUCCCGGUGGGUCUCGUGGUCCGGGAUGAGUGCCACCACGCCCCCAGGGACGCCGUCCAAGGGCACUGCGGCCGAGGGCAUGCCGUCGCUGUCGCCGCAGCCGCCGAGGGCCUUCAAGCCGCGCUCAAGGACGUCCUCGAAGGCCUCCAACGUGUCCGAGCGCGCCAAGGUUACGUACCCGCUCGUACCGAAGCUGCCCGUGCCCCCCCUCGGCCACACCCUCUCGUGGUACCUGACCCACCUGAAGACGGUACUUCGGGAGGAGGAGUACCUGGAGGCGGUCGCGAUCGUGGAGGAAUUCGGGAAACCUGGAGGCGUCGGCGAGAAGGUGCAGGAGGAGCUCAUCAAGAGGCACGACACGAUGGACAACUGGGUAUACGAAUGGUGGCUGGACGACAUGUACCUGAACGUGUCCUUGCCUCUGCCAGUCAACAGUAACCCAGGCAUGGUAUUCCCUCAUCAGAAAUUCGCCUCAGAUGCUGACAUGAUCAACUUCGCUGCCCGGCUCGUCAUCGCGUCCAUCGACAUGAAAGAGAGGAUUGAACUAGGCGACCUGGACGUCGACCGCUGCAGCGCCAGGGAGAAGCACCAGCCGAUGUGCAUGGCUCAGUACAAUCGGGUGUUCUCGUCUUACCGACGGCCGGCGAUCCCCAAGGACAAGUUACUCUCGGUAGGAGAGUUUCAGAAAGAAAAUCAGCACAUCAUCGUUUACUACAAGAAUCACAUCUACCGGGUGGAGGUGGUGGUGGAGGGCGUGAAGAUGACGCUGCAGCAGGUGGUGUCCCAGAUGCGCGAGAUCCUUCGGGAGGUGGACGAGUACGAGGGCUCCGACCCCCCUCCCGUCGGGGUCAUGACGGCGGAGAACAGGCGCACGUGGGCCCAGAGCAGACAGCUUCUGUGCGGAGACCAAGAGAACCAGAAAGUGCUCCGAAACAUCGAAACCAGCGUCCUCCUGGUCUGCUUCGACGACCCGCUGCCCUCGCGCUUCAACCUGACGACGCGGACCAGCCACCGAGCCAGCCUCUCCAAGCGGUCCAGCAGCUUUAACAUGAAUGCCCAGAACUCGGAAGUGACCAUGCGGGACGAGGUCAACGCUGGUCACCAGAUGAUUCACGGAGGCGGUUACAACCACAACACAGCCAACAGGUGGUUCGACAAGACCAUCCAGUUCGUGGUGACGCGCGACGGGUGGUGCGGCCUCUGCUACGAGCACUCGUGCGCCGAGGGCAUCGUGGUGAUCCAGCUGGUGGAGCAGGUGCUGCAGGCCAUCGCCGCCGAGACGCAGCCGCCGCCGCCCGAGGAGGCCGACGAGGAGAGGGCGCCCGGCGAGGGCACAUCCGAGCGGCACGACAGCCUGACGGUUCCCGAAGGACAGGCCUUGCCCGCCCCCGAGGAGCCCGCGCCCUCGCCCACGCGCCUCGAGUGGAGGGUCACGCCCGUCAUUUACAGGAGGAUACAGGAGGCGGCCGACCAUGUGGACAAGCUGGUGGAGGAUCUGGACUUCCGCAUCCUCCGAUACCUCGGCUUCGGCAGGAACUUCAUGAAGAAAGUCAAGUGCUCUCCGGACGCCUUCCUGCAACUGGCUCUUCAGUUGGCGUUCUUCAGGUGCCACGGCCAGCUCACCAGCACCUACGAGAGCGCCAGCACCAGGCGAUACCGCAACGGCCGAGUCGACAGCAUCAGGGCCAACACGCCGAAGGUCCUGUCAUGGUGCGAGGCCAUGGUCAUCAAUGCCCCGAUCGCCGACCGCCUGGCCAAGUUCGACACCGCCAUCGCGCUCCAGACGGACAUAAUGGUCAACAACAUCCUGGGGCGAGGCAUCGAUAUCCACCUGCUGGGCCUGAGAGAGAUGGCCAGGGAAAUGGGACUGUCCACACCCGAAAUUUUCAGCCACAGGUCAUUCCAAGUGUCCAACCACUUCCGGCUCUCCACCAGCCAGGUUCCCACGCUCUCUGACUCCUGGAUGGGAUACGGUCCGGUGGUUCCCAAUGGAUACGGAGCUUCGUACAACCCUCACCCGGACUACAUUGUCUUCUGUCUCUCGGCUUUCAAAUCGUGCGAAGAGACAUCGACUCUGGAGUUCGGCCGCGGCCUCGAGAGGGCGCUCGACGAGAUGAAGUCGCUCUUGGAAACCAGGCUUAAAUAGGCCGAUUUAUCUACGAUGUUCCGUUUUUUUUAAGUCUGCGAUGAAAUGCGCGGAUACGUUUUCUCUGAUAUAAAGGAUGGUUGUUGAUACAUGAAUCCUGUUCACUAGACGAACGCUUGUUAAGGCAAACUAGUCCAGGCAAGUUAGCCAUGUGCCACUAUAUUCUGUCGUGAUCUUGUUACCAAAGAUAUCCAAGAUAUCUAUAAAAUAUAAAAUUUUUACGGAAAAUUUACAAUGAUCACGAAAAAAAUGAGUCAUAUUGUUAGCCAAUGAUCAUUGUCGAAUUUAUACAAAUGGAUCUCGUAUGGAAAUGCACAUAUCUUUAGCUUUAGGGUUGUUGAUAAUUAUAGAAUAUAUGUCCUUGAUAUAUAGUUGGUGUAUCCAGAGUAUGUUGUCCCUGAAAUAUUUCCGUUUUCGUCGUGAGUCUGACCGGGUCACUGUAAGGACUGUCUCUGACCGAGCAAAUGCUGAAUAGUCCUAUAAGAGGAAUGGAUCUUCGUCAUAUUUUUGUAUUCUUUUGAUUCCCUUAAAAAAAAAAAAAAAAAUGCAAUACGAAAAAAAAAAAAAAAACAGGGAGGAAGAAGAAAAACAAAGUGACACUGUAAUACAAGAUAUGUUAGGUUAGUUGUCUAAAUGUUCACUAUGUUUUGCAUAGCUAUGAUUUAUAUCUCAUCCUAUACAUUUUAUUGCAGACUUUGGUAUAUUUCAUCAACGACAUACAAUGGAAGGUCAAAGACAAUAGAUUUUCCGUUUUUAUUUCAGAUUCAGAUUCUUUCAUUAUAUCUGGCAUGGAGUAGAUAAAAGGAAUUAGAAACGAGAUCUGAUCUGAUGACCCUGACCUUAAGAUUCAUCACUGAUAUGACCUUUACUACCCUCUUCCCUCUCCGCGUGCCUGUUUGCUCUCUCUCUCUCUCUCUCUCUCUCUGUCUGUCUGUCUCUCUGUCUGUCUGUCUCUCUCUCUCUCUCUCUCUCUCUCUCUCUCUCUCUCUCUCUCUCUCUCUCUCACGCAUGUUCUUAAAUAUCUUUGUGAUGUGGAGGUUCAUGAUAUUAUGGAUGAUGUGUUUGUCUGAUGUGACAGCGUAAGGAUGAAUCUGGUAUUUAUUGAAAAGACUUGAUAUAGGUAUAGUGCAUACAUAACUAUAUCCAUAAAUACGUAUAACAAUACAUACAUACAUUCAUACUCUGACAUAAAAUCCACCUAUCAAUCUUAUCUAUCAAUUUUAAUGUAUUUGUGUAUGUAUGUGUAUAUAUGUAUACAGAGGAAGUAACAGGUGAGUUCCAGACAAUUAAUCGCUACGCACGGAAUCAAAAUGACCUUUUGGGGUAAAGAUGAAAAGAUAGGGAAGUGAAUGUGCCCUUUCGAAUAUUUGUUUUCCGUUCAAUUCACGUAACAACCUUUUCGUAACUCUGAACCACUGUAUUGAUUUGGGUGAUUAUCUCGCCUAAAGGUUCAGUGGCAUUACUGUGUUAUUCUUGUUAUACAAAGCCGUGUGUUUUUAUUCAAUUUUUAAGAUCAGGUUCUUUCAGAGUUGAUAUUAUUUUUAAAAAAUGAUAGUUGUAAUGCUAAUAAGAACAGUGAUAGUGAUA